AUGGCCCAGAUCCACAACACCAUCAUCCGUGCCUUGAACGCCUCCUGGAAUCAUGCCGUAUCGGUACAACCCGACACUCAAGAAGCGAGCGAUUUCCUUCUUUUCAACCAACAACUCUUCAAGACUCUGGACCACCAUCACCAUGUCGAGGAUGACUACAUGUUCCCAGCGUUGGAGAAGCUGCUAGGGCGACCUGGUGCCAUGGAAGCCAACACCAAGGGCCACGAAUCGUUCGCCGACGGGCUGGCCGUCUUCGAAAAGUACGUGUUCGUCACCAAGCCCGCAGAGUUCAACGGCGUCACAUUUCGGCACAUUAUUGAGUCGUUCGCCCCUGAUCUCAUCCAACAUCUUCAUGACGAAAUCCCCACGCUGGUCAGCCUCCAUGUUCUCGACCCCAGGGAAGUCACGAAGGUGUGGAAGCACGCCGAGCACCUCGCGACCAAGGACAACAGCCUGUACACCGACGCGCCGUGGACGCUCGGCUGCCAGGACAAGUCGUUCCUGAUCGACGGGCAAAAAUGCGACUUCCCGGCUGUCCCGUGGGUUGCCGAGGCGAUGAUCAGAAAUUGGCACGGCAAGAAGCAUGCGGGAACUUGGAGCUUUUGUCCCAGUGACCUUUCCGGCAAGCGCCGCUUGUUGCCCAGUGCGUAG